AUCGGUUUGAUCGGGUUAGCCACAAAAUAUUUGGUUUAGGUUAUAUAGGCUCGUUUCUGAAGCGUGUUGGUUAGCGUUAAACGAGCAGACAUAUUUUCCCACACAGUUUCUAGUGGAUUUAACCAAAUAGGGUUUAAGCUCUGCUAAAAUGGCGACGACCUUGAAUCGAUUCCUGAAGCAAAAAUGUAGAUCAGUCUCUGCUCUCUCGUAUCGAAACCAGCAUCAAGGUCUCUUCAACUUCACUCGCUACGAGAAUCAUGACUCUCUCCCUUCGCAAAUGCCUGCUCUUCGAUCAACCACCCGCUCGUUUCUAGAUUUUUAUCAGUUUGGGAACAAGAAAGCAAUUGCGGAUGAACGUGCUAGAAUUAAUGAUGAGAUGAAUCGGGGAUACUUUGCUGAUAUGAAAGACUUCAAGGAACAUGGCGGUAAGAUCGCAGCUGCAAGUAAGACUAUAAUUCCUGCUGUGUCAGCCAUGAAAUUUCCGGAACUAGCAGUGACUUUCUCUAAUGGCAAAAUCCUGAAGUUGCCUAUUGCUUCCAACAGCAAAGAGGUUAACAUAGAGAGUUUGGAUGUUCCUAAAGUAUCAUUGGUGUGCCUGUCUUUCCGAGCAAGCUCUCAGGAAAUGAUCAGCUCGUGGAGCAAACCAUUUCUUGAAUCGUUUGGCGACAGGAAAGAUCUUCAGUUGUUUGAGGUCUCAUUUAUAGACAAAUGGCUGCUGGGUUUGGCCCCCAUUAAAAAACUACUUCUCCGGGUCUUGCAAAAACCAAACAACAGCGAGAGCAGUGUUCUCCAGCGGCAGAUUGUUUACUCAUUUGGGGACCAUUAUCACUUCCGGAAACAAAUGAAAGUUCUGAACCUUCUUACCGGGUAUAUUCUCCUACUGGACAAAUUCGGGAGAAUAAGAUGGCAAGGUUUUGGAAAAGCAACUCCAGAGGAAGUAUCCCAGCUUCUCUCUUGUACCUCACUUCUCUUGGAAGAUCAAUGAGACUACGAGAGAUCGCUGCUUAAACCCGAGACUGCCUCAAGAGACAAGUGUCACUCUCCUUUACACUUUUUGAUGGAUGUGGAACAAUUAAGCUCACAGAAGACGAUUAUAAAUUAAUAAGCCCUUAUCUUUCGGUUCUUUCAGUAAAAUUGGAUUGGUGUUAUUGGCACUUUCAAGUCAAUAGAGAAUCCUUUCUUCCGAUUUAUAUGGUGUUCGACGUUAGACUUAUAA